AUGAUAAAAGAUUCUGAAAGUGUUAAUGAAAUAAUAGAAAAAAUAAACAAAGGAUCUUCUGUGCCUAUUUAAAAGUUAUAACCAAAUUUUAGAAAAAAAAAAGUAGCAACAAAAUAUUAAUUUUCAUCAAUAGCAAAAUUUGCAAUUGUUAUACAAUCAAUAUUUUUAUUAUUUGGAUCUCUAUAUUUGGCAUCAUAGAAGGUAAUCUAUCGAAUUCCAAUGGAAUGUUAUUUGAUUUAUAAUCAUUCCUUAUGUAAAAUUAUAUUGACAGGGAUGUAUGUUAUAGUGUUCUUAAGGAUAAUUAGAAAUAUGAUUAAACUGUAUAAAAAGAAGGAAAAGUAAAGUAAGUAUUUCUUUCAUAGUUAUAUAUUUAAUUGUGAUAUUACUAUUUAGACUUUUAGAUAUUAUUUGGGAAUAAAAACAUACAUAAUUUUAUUGUUUGCAAUGUAAUUUGUGAUUGAGAAUUAUUUACUUAUAACAGUUACAUAAAUUUGGAGUAAUUAAAUAAAUGAAAAUUCUGGUACAUACUUCAUGAUAUCAAUAUUAAUGUAAAUAUUAAUUUUUGAUAUUACUUAUGAAUAUUUUAUGAUAUAUUCAGGUAGAUAUGGUGUAGCUGAUUGCAAAAGAAGUAGUAUUGUGAUUAGUAAAUAAAAUAUUUUUGAUGCAAUAUGUAAAUUAAAGUUAUUGAGUUUUUGUUAUAAGUUUUACAAGUAAACUAAAGAGAAUUAUUAUAUUUAUACUAGAAAGAAGGGAAUUCCAUUAUUUUGA